CUCUCUCUCUCUCUCUCUCUCUCUCUGUAUGUGUAUUUGGUCGUAACGCGAUUUGGAGCAGACACAUGCACAGAGUAUGGUUUAUCUCAAGUUUUGGGUUCGAUCUCUCUUAACCUGAAGCUCUUCUGUUGCCGCCGUUGCUAGAGUUGUUUGACAGCAUGAAGUAUGGAGUUUUUAGCGAAAAUCCAAAAGUACUGAAUGUUGAUUCAUUUGUGGUUUACACAAGUCCUCGAAGCCGGUGUGUGUCAGUAAACUAAACAGGUAAAAGAUCUAAAGCAAAACCCCAAAUUGGUUGUUCGAAUAAGAGGAUAAUAUGGAUCUGAAGUUGACAUCCAACUAUAGUCUGAGAAAACUGUUGGUAUGAUAGUUUGACACUUUGAUUACCUGUGCAAUUUUGUACUUGAAAAUCAGUGCAUAUUGUGGAUAUUUGGGCUUUGUGGCUGUGUGAUCCUAAUAUGCUAUUGUGGAUGCUAUAUGCAAUUGCGAUCAAUGCUUAUUUCUGGAAGUUGCGCUGUCUUUUCGCUACGAUUUGAGUCUGGAAAAGAUGUAUCCGACUUUGUUAAGGAUAUUACCAGCUGGUUUUCAGCACAAAAAGAGAACUUGGAGAUUUAUUUAUACCAUUCCAGUGAUCCAGUGAUUUCUCAACAAUCGAUGGUGAUCAUUUGGUGGAUGAAGAUACAAUGUAGUAAGAGAUAUGAGAUGGAACAAUGUUUUGGAGGGACAAAGCUGCCUUUUGUCUUAUGUUUUGGUACUACUAGAUGGAAGAAUGAUGUCUUUAGUUUUUGGUAUAUGACAGUACACAUUAUAUAUAGUCCAUGGAUUGUGGUUCUUGCCUUGGAUACUUGAAGUUAUGUUGGGUAUUGAAGAAGAUUAAGGUUAAGAUACCGUGUUUUGACUUAUGUUAACUGGUUUAAGUUAAUGUUAUUCUAUUGCCUUUGAGUUU